UUUUGACAGAGAUCAGAGAACGAUGCCAAACUUCUUUACUUACACUUCUGCAAUGAACAUUUUGUGGUUUCUACUCAUCCUCACAGGGACCUGGGCUGAAGUUCCUCCAAUAGACAAGUAUGGGUUGAAGGGAGGUUUGGUGUGUCUGGCUGUUGAGGAAUCCCCUGGGGAGCUUAAAGAACUUAAAUGGAGGUUCGAAAGUGAUGUAAUAGUUGAUGAUAAAGAGAUCUCUCCUAAAUACAAGGAGAAGGUGGAUUAUAACCCAGUGAACCACUCUCUGUGCAUUAAGAAUCUGAAGGAAACAGACAGUGGAACUUACAUUGAGACUGUUGGAAAAUGGAAUGUAUCACCUAUUAUUAAGUACAAAGUAACAAUACAGGAAGCUGUUUCCAUGCCAGUCAUGAAGGUGGUGUCUCUCUCCUCCAACUCAAGUACGGGACAAUGUAAGAUCGCAGUGAACUGUUCUGUUAAAGAUGUCUGGGUAUUGUCUGUCUGUUACGGGGUUCAGUGCACACUGUCACAGCAGUCUCUGUCACUCACCGGAGUCAAUAUCACCAUCUCCAACGACAACAACACUAUCCAGUGCACCGGCAAAAAUCACGUCAGUGCAGAGACCAACUCAGAACGCAUGAAGGACAUAUGUAUAGAGAAGGAUGGGAAAGCUUCAAAAUCCCAAGUUGGCAUCAUUGUGAGCAUCAUUGCGGGCAGUAUUGCUGGUGGAUUGUUAUUCGUUAUUGUGUUUGUUGGUAUACGAUGGAUCAUAUCAACCAGAAGAAGGUCCCAUGAAGACCAGCAGCCACUGCAGGUCAACACAGUGAGAGCUCCACAAGGGGAGAUGCCGGGACCACAAAACACAGGGAGGUCUGAGGUAACAUCAAUCUACGUCACUAUAGGGAAACCAGGAGCAGCAGGAGUGGAGCUCCCGCCACCAGAAGAGAUGCCAGACACACAGUCAGAGUCGCUCUACAGCACUGUGCAGCAACCAGCUGCAGAAGAGUGUCACCUAGUGGACAAAGUGGGCGCUCCAAAAGAGGUGAGGCCAGAGCCGCAGAGCCCUUCUGAGGCAAAGCCUACAUCAAUCUACAGCACUGUACAGAAGCCACCAGCAGCGCAGCGCCGCCCAGUGGACAAAGAAGGGAAUAAUCUCAACAAACCAGACAGAACUGCACAAUAGGAGAUAAACUACCGCUCCGUCGCUCUCACAGUUACCCUGAUAUUACAUUGACUAAGACUUGACCCAUGUACUCAGAUAGCGAAAAGCAAACACAUGGGAGAUUUGGAAGGAGCAGAAUGACGGGAAAAUGGAAUAUAAAACAUAAAACAUUUAGAUCAAUUUUUUAAAACGUAUUUUUACUUCAUUACUAAUUCCAUCCAUUAGCACUGUACAUGCUUUAUUAAAAAUAAACAUAUAAAAAACAGCUGAA